AUGAGGUGGCCUAAGAAGCGGGUUACUUUUUCUGAUGUUGGAUCACUCAAUGACAAGAAGAGAGGAGUUGAGGAUGACGCCGGGAAAGACGGAGGAAAGGAAGACAUUCGAAGUGAGGUUUACGACGUUGAGGCAAGCGAAGUGGCCGCUCAAGAUGUAGAGAAGGAAGGUGACAGUGCUGUUGGAGAAUCUAGUCCUGCCAACAUAAUCACGACAGAUCGCAAAAUAUAUACCAAUACAUCACUAAAGUCACCGACAGCUACAUCCACUCCUGCGCCUACGCCUACGCCUACCCCUACCCCUACAUCAACAUCACCAGCCUCACCAGCCCGCAGGUCAGUCAGAUUACUAGCGAAGCAGAUAGCAAAGGUGGCGGCACAGAUCUGCGAUGAUGGGUCUCUUCUCAGCGACGCAGAAUCUAUUCCAGAGGACGCAAAUGUUGACAGUGCAUCACAGGCUGCACAAACCAAAUGCAAAACUACAGUCAAGCCAAAUCAGACGAAACGAGCCUCAAACAAAGGGCCAGUGGACAAUCCUCCGAAAGAAGGCAGCCUUUCUCUCGCAAGGGAGGGAAAGGCGUGUAGGAAGGAGGUGAGAUUGGCAGGUGAGCCCGAAGACGCCGAAGACACCAACGAGCGGGCCAUCACAACGGCGCAGAUGCGCGAUACUAUCACAAGCUUGCUGGCGAACAGUUUGCAAGUACACCACCAAUUCGUAGACUGCGCAACCGAUCGUGCUGGUGAUGCUGCUGGAGAGGCUGCGGAAGUCGCCUUUUCCAACGCAUUGGGCACGAAGAAGAGGACGAAAAUGCAAAGGUUAGCGGCUUUGAAAAAGCGGAAGAGUAAUUAG